AUGAGAGGUUCUUAUAUUAGAGAUGGAUUUAAAUCUCAAUAUAGAUAUUCAAAUGGCUCAGAUAAUAAUAAAAUACAAAACUCUUUUAAUAGGAGAACAUAUUAUUCAAAAAAAAACAUAAAUAAAGAUAAAGGAGCAAUAUUUUGUCCACAUUAUACUUUAAGAGGAACAUGCCGUUUUAUAAAUGAUUGCAAAAAUUUACAUAAUUUAAAAUUAGUUGACACUUUUUUUUUGCAAAGAUCUUAUAUCGAUUGUGCGAUAAUAGUUCACGGUCCUAAUAAUGAAAUUUAUUUAUUUACUUCUGUUUCACCUUAUACUAUUAAUGUAUGGAUUUUUGUACCAGGAGAAGGAUCAAAAGAGAUUGACAUAAAACAUUUAAAAAAAAUAGAAUUUGAAUUAACAGAAGAAGAAGAAUCUUACUGUUACGAUAAAUUAAAAUAUAAUAAAAAAAAAAAAAAAAAAAAAAGAGUUCUAGCAUUAUUGUAUGCUGAAGAAUGUAUUUUCGCUGGUUUAGAUAAUGGAUUAAUAAAGAUUAUGCAUUUACCUUCAUCAGAUUCUUCUACUCUUUUUGCACAUAGCGAUGCUAUAUAUAGCAUUCUUUGUAUUGAUGGAAUAAUAAUUUCUUCAUGUGUAAAUGGAGAAGUAAAAUUUUGGAAAUAUCAAGAAUCAUAUUUAAGUUUUGUAACAAUUAAAAAAAUAGAAACAAAAACAAAAAUAUAUAAAAUGAUUGAAGUUAUUUCUCCUAAAUCUUUGAAUACAAAUAAUAGCAAUACGGAGGAUUCUAAAUAUAAUAGAACUUUAUGGGUAUGUGGUGAUAGUAUAACAAUUAUAAAUUUAUUAAAUUUACAAAUAGUAAAUAAAGUAAAAUGUAAAUAUGGGAAUGUAGUAUCUGUUAUUCAAUAUGACGCUAAUAUAAUUACAGCAAUGAGUGAAGGAAAAAUCAUUGCAUAUAAUUUAAGUGGUGAAGACCAUUUUGAAAUGAAUACUUUACCAAUUUAUUGUAUGACUGGAUUAACAAAUAAUAAAAAUAUGCCAAUAUUAAUUUAUGGUUCUACCAAAGCUUUGUAUACUUUUUCUUUACCACAAUUUAACCCAUUUGGUUAUUUAAGAGAUAGAGAAUCUAUAUCAUUAAAAUAUAAUUUAAAUGAUCCUGACUUUAUUUUAUCUUUAUCUGGUCCAUAUUUCAUUGUAAUUUUUUCAAAUGGUAAUUAA